AUGACUUAUCAUCGAUAUCCAGUUUAUCAAUUAUUAAAAGGAACAGUAUUAUUUAAUGAAACAAAAGAAGACCAAAAAAAUGAUAUAAUUUGGUCAAAAGAAUCAAAAUAUCACUCAGAAUUUGGUAAAAUUAAUCGUCAUUUUAAAAAUAUUACUUAUUAUGAAAGGGAAAAUUCGUCAUUAUCAAACUAUGUCUCAUUUCUGAUUUUAGGUUCUGUUAUUGUAUUCAUCGUUGCAUUGGUAGCACACCAUUUUGCUACAUUACCAACAAUAAGAAAAACAAGAAAAAGGAAAGACGAAAUAGUUAGAAAGAUGGAAACUUCAUAUGCCUUGAUAUCACAGUCGUAUGGACUUGAAACUGAAGUUGAUAUGUCACCUUAUGAAAAAGUUCGGAAAAAAAGUCUUACCGAUAUUUUUAGACAAUUUAAACUAUAA